CUUUGGGAUACCUUUGCAGUUUCUUUUAUUAUAUUUGGUGACAAAUAUGCUGAACAACUUUAUGAAGAUUUACUUUACAAUUACGAGAAGAAUGUUAGACCGGUAAAAAAUGCAAGUAAAGCCGUACAAGUGGAAUUUGGAGCAUCACUGAUACGAAUCAUCGAUGUCGAUGAAGUAAAUCAGGUAUUGACGACCAGUCUGUGGAUGGAACUGAGAUGGAAUGACUACAGAUUUCGUUGGGAUCCCGCAAAAUUUAAUGGUAUCGAAAAGCUACAUAUUCCGUCAGAUCAAAUUUGGAUUCCAGAUAUUAUUCUUUAUACGAACGCUGAUGGCGAACCACACAUAUCGAUAACAAGUGAUGCUUUAGUACACUAUACAGGAGCUAUCGUUUGGAAACCUCCAAGUAUAUAUAAGUCAUUUUGUGAGAUAAAUAUUGAAUACUUUCCAUACGAUAUCCAGACAUGCUUAAUGAAAUUUGGUGGCUGGGCUUAUGACGGUUUUGCUUUAGACGUCCGGCAAGCUUUGGUUCAUGUUAUUCGGCCGUGCACUGACAAAGAAAAUAAUCAGUUUCUCUAUCUGGAACAAGGCAUGGACUUAUCUUCUUAUUAUCCGAGUGCCGAAUGGGAUUUGAUCAGCCUUAGCAGUCAUCGUCACGAACAGUCUUAUCCUGGCUGUUGUGGGCAAAAUUUUUGGAUGGAUGUUACAUACGAAAUUGUUUUUCGUUACUUUAUUCUUAAAGCAUUUUUUAAACAUAAAAUGACGUUUACAAUUAUGAUUCUCGUUUCAUUAUCAGUGUUUUAUUUGGUAUUAGUCGAGCUUAUUCCACCAACAUCCCUAGUUAUUCCGUUGAUCGGCAAAUAUCUACUUUUUACAAUGAUACUUGUGUGGGCGUCAAUUGUCUCUUCUGUCAUUAUACUUAAUACUUACCGAAGAGAUGCUUCAGCUCAAGCGCUGUCACGAUGGAAAAGAUUUGUCUUUUUGCAGUUCUUACCCAAAUAUUUAUGCAUGAAAAUGCCGGAUAACAAUGGAGUUUCUGACGACGGGAGUACAAUAUCGGAGGUCGCACUGGGUGGGAACUCAGGAAUGGAUUCUAGACGGUCAAGCCCAUAUUUUUUGCCAGGUAUUCCGUACAGUGAUGGUAGCAUGCGACUGUCGCAGCUAGCACAGCUUCGCGGUAUGCAUCCGGAUUUAAUCCGGCGAAUGAUUGACAACGUUUCAUUUAUAUCCGAUUAUUUUAGAGCUUUAAAAAAAGCUGAUAAAGUUUCUGAAGAUUGGUCUUACGUUGCGAUGGUUAUGGACCGCCUAUUAUUUAUCCUGUUCACUGCGGUAAAUUUAAUCGGUACUCUGGCGAUAUUCUUACAUUCGCCAAGCAUUUUUGAUACUCGGCAACCGAUAGCUUUACAACCAUCGAUAAAGCCGCUUACUGCAGAUAUCUAUCCAAAAUCACUUUUUUUGCAACAAGGAACCAUAGAAUAUGAACGAGCUUAUAAUCUUUCGAAAUGUCCAUCGUUUCAAGAAUAA